UGAGGCGGCGGAGGGAUUGAUGAUGAAGAUGAUGAUGAUAAUGCUGCGCGGAUUCAACAACAUCCAGAAUAAAGCCCUGACGCAUCGGCAUGAGCAUUGAACCCUGAUAGAAGAGUAGCAGGAGAAUGAGACUGCGGAUUGUAGAUAAACAGUGGCAGCAGGGGCAGCGGAUGGUGAUUUAUGGGGUGGUCUUCCUCAUCAUGACCCUCCUCAUCCUCUACAGCUCCAACAGCUCAGCUGAUCUUUACAGCCCCUUUAAAGUCAACGAGUUUCGCCACGCCGUCAAACACACCAACCUCAAGAAAUGGGCGGGGAAGGAGGGAUACGCUCCUGUUUACGGCAACAAGGUGCUGCCAAAACUUUUAAUACCGUUGACGAAGAUCGGCCGCGACGCGAAGGGAACGCUGUACCGGCUGAUCCAGAGAGUCAGUAUGACCUACAGUAACCUGUCCUUCUUCUUCAUCUCACCCGGCAAAAUGCAGAGGUUCGACACGCUCUUUCAGAAAGAGACCGGCCGAGACAGAAAAAAGUCUCAGUCCUGGUUAAGCACCGGCUGGUUUACCAUGGUCAUUGCCAUAGAGAUGUGUGACAACAUAAAGGUUUAUGGGAUGGUGCCGCCAAACCAUUGUGGGAAGCGUCCUCAGCCCAAACGGAUGCCCUAUCACUAUUACAAACCCAGAGGUCCAGACGAGUGUGUGACGUACCUCCAGAACGAGAGGGGGCGCCGCGGAUCACACCACCGCUUCAUCACUGAGAAACAGGUGUUUGCGCGCUGGGCCAAGCAGUACAACAUCAGCUACAGCCACCCGACGUGGUGAGAAACACAUCCAACAUACCUGGUGAGUUGGAGCCAACAUGGUGGCUUUCUGUACCUCUGUGACCUUCUGAUCCAAAAUGGCUACCAUUUCAAAUUGCCUGCUCAGAACGGCUGCUGGUUUCUCUUUGAUCUGGAUUAGUGACUGAGCCAAAAUGGAGGCCAUGCAUGGAUCCAGGAACAAGCCAAGGGUGGACUAGCUUAGUUUUCCUUAGAAAAAUGAACAGAUGAUGGAAUGUUUGUUGUCUCAAGCGUGACGGUUUCAAAAACAUCUUACAUACUACUGCCGUGAAGCUUUCCUAAGCCUUCUCUUAUACAGUUUUUCACCCAGAAUCGGUAAUUUCUCAGAGAACGAAGGCCUUUUGGAUGGAGAAUGAAAGAGAAAUCCUUUAUGUCAGUUGCCAAAUAGAAGAUUCAUUCACAUCUCAUGGUACAAUCAACACAUCUGAAUGUUAGUCAUGUGAAACUACCAGAGAAUAGGAAUGAGAAUUUAACUACUUUACAAGAUUAAGAGUAUGUUCUAUGGUGUAAAUAAGAACUAUGUAAAUUGUUAUUCCAAAAAAAAAAAAAUAUUUUUACAAGUUUAUAUGGUUUUAAAAUGCCCUAAACAAGACAAUAUUACAAGAAAAUACUAAAAAAUUGUCAUUUUAAAUCACAUCCUUUUCAGAUAAAUAACACAUUUUCUGUACUUUUUGGGAAGGUGUUGAAAUGGAGAGCUAUUUAUGCCUUUAUACCUUUAUGAAUGAAGUUAUAUGAAACCUGACCAAAUGUCAGUCAAAGUUCUAGAACAUUCUAUAAUUCCAUUUAAUAUGGCUCUAGAGGCUUCACUGAAUCAUCCACUACAAGACACGUCCGGGUCAUUUUUCGCCACAAAAUUAGAAGAGAAAUAAAGAAAACCAGGCCUAUAUAGGACCAUUCAUGCGUUUUAAAGUAUUUAAACACAUUUCACAGACAAUUUUCAUUAAUGAAAUGAAAAUUAAUUUUAAUUGUACGGUACAUGUACAUUAUGUAAAGUAUACAUUAUAGUCAUAUUUGAUGCACUAAAUGCAAUAUAUG